AACAUUUUACAAUUGAAGCAAACGAAAAAUGAAAAAGAUAAGUCAGAUUCGUUGAAUGUAGAAGAUGAAGAAGAUAUUACACAACUAAGUAUUAUUGUAUCUGAUGAAAAAAUAGAUGAAAUUGAAUGCAUGGGGUCACAUGAAAUUAUUAUUGAGGAUGACAAGAAAGUGGACAAAGAAGAGGAGAAAAAGAUGGACAAAGAAGUGGACAAAAAAUUAAUCGAAACAUUAGGAGAAGAAAUGAAAACAAAUACGGAAUCACAAAUAUUUAUUGAUAGUGGUGAGAUAUGUAAAAAGGAGGAGCUUACGACAAAUCUGUCAACAAAAGAACCGCAGAAAAGUUUAGUAAAAGCUGAAUUGGAGAAAACAUUGUCACAAAUGCCAAGUGUUGUACAAAAAGAAACAAAAAAACAAGAUGAAAAAGAUACAAAAAAGCAAGCUGAUAAUAAAUUGUUAAGGUUAUCAGCAUUAAAUCAAAAUAUAUUAUCACCAGUUCAAAUAUCACCAAAAGUGAUACAAGAAUCACCGUUGAAAGUGAAAUCACCAAUAGCAAAAUCUACGAUAACAAAGUCACCAGCAAUAAAAUCUAUCGCAACACAAUUUGCAUCAACGAAACAAGGUGAAGGUGUUAUAAAGACUGGCUUAAAGGCAGCCAAAGUUACUGCUAUCAUUCCUCGUCCUGCAACUGUUAUUCCGUCAACAUUUACGGGUGAUGAUGAAGAUGAUUACUUCCAUGGAUUUUUACCACGUGAAGAUGCUAAUAUGCUCUGUGUACUUGAUGGUGAUUUCUUGCUACGAACUACUGAGGUUUCUUCUGGUGAAGAUCGUCAGCUCUGUUUAUCAAUUGCAUGGCAUGGUAAGCAUCAUAUCAUUUUACAUUAUGAUAAAACAAAGAAUCAGUAUGGGAUGAAAGCUAACCAUACAUUUCCUUCAAUCACCGAUUUGGUUAAUUAUUAUGCUCAUCAUAAAUUCAAAAUACUAAAUCAAAGUGUAUUAUUAAAGAAUCCAAUCGUUGCACAACCAUGGGAAUUGAAACAUCAACAGUUGGAGCUUCUUCAAAAACUUGGCGAAGGCGCAUUUGGUGAAGUUCAUUCUGCUAAUCUUUCACUUACUCCUCGAUUUUGUGUCAAAGCUGCUGUCAAAGUUCUUAAAUGUGAUGCGAUGACAAAGGAAAAAGUAUUAGAAGCGAUGUGCGAAGUUCGAAUGUUACGAAAUUUAAGACAUGAAAAUAUUGUUCGCUUUUAUGGUGUUGCUAAUAGACGAGAACCUUUAAUGAUUGUUAUGGAACUUGUUAAGGAAGGUGCAUUAAAUUUAUUCCUUAAAAAAAAUGGUAGCAAUCUUUCAAUGAAAAUUAAACUAUCGAUGAUUUGUGAUGCUGCCUGUGGCCUUGCCUAUUUACAUGGCCAAAAUAUUAUGCAUAGAGAUUUGGCAACUCGUAAUUGUUUAUAUACAGGUGAAGUGGUUAAAUUGAGCGAUUUUGGUAUGUCUAUUUAUGGACCCCAAUAUAAAUUGCAACCUACCGAUAAAGCACCUGUUCGAUGGGUUGCACCUGAGGUAUUCCGUACGCUAAUCUAUUCAUUCCCAUCUGAUACAUGGGCUUUUUUUGUUAUGGUCUGGGAAAUUUUCAAUAAUGCUAUCGAGCCGUAUCCAGACUGGGAUCGAGCACGUGUUAAAAUUGAAGUUCUAAAAGGUAGUCGAUUAACGAUACCUCCUAUGGCACCAAUUCAACUUCAACAACUUUGUAAGCAAACUUGGAAUGCGGAUAUCACUAAACGGCCAACGAUGUACACCGUAGCAGCUGUAAUGAUGCGAUUAACCGGGAAGAGAGAUGUCAGUGAAAAAACAACUACCACCGCUAUCAGGCCAAUACAAAUGAAUCAAAAUAUGCAAACAAAUUAUACCAGUCCAAUAUCUCCCCAAUCUUUUGCCCAAAGAUUACAAGCAAAAGCGAGAAGCCCAGGAAAAAGUUCCAAGAAAAGCUCCAAAAGAAAGGUCAAAAAACGCCGAUAA